UAUAAUGAGCCCUCUGUGAGGUGAGGGCUUCCAUUGGAUAUAUCCUUUUCUUCCACUGCAAUGCGUGCUUUAUCUGUGUCCCUAAUCGCUACCUUACAGGUGUUGGCAAUUACUUUGCCUCAGCCACAACCUCUUUCGAUACCCUUAACCAAGAGAUCUACUCUCAGGCCCACCGCUGAUGGACAUGGCCCUGUUGACCCUGCGUCAAUUAUGGCUUAUAUUGGCAGCACAAUGAUCAAGUUACAACGAGGCAUUGCUGCGUUUGAGAGAAACACUGGCGCCGUCCUCUUCUCAUCCCCAAAAAAGCGUGUGGCAGCACCCGGUUCUGACCCGCUAGUUGACGACUUAAACGAGCGUUGGUUUGGAAAAAUCGAAGUCGGCACUCCGCCGCAUACAUUUACAAGUUUGCAUUUCCGACUUGAUUUUACCACGUAUGACGCACUGAUGCGAGUACCCCCAGUUGACUGCGAUACUGGUUCCACGGACUUCUUUCUACCUGGACCAACCUGCGGGGACGCGUGCAGCGGACAUGAAAUUUACAAUCCCAACAGUAGUUCGUCUGCUAAGCCCCUUGGCAAGAGUUUCAUGGAUGAGUACGGCGAUGGUUCCAUGGCUACAGGCGAUCUAUACACAGAUACCGUAUCACUUGCUGGCUUCAAUGCCAGUGCACAGACGCUUGGUGUUGCCUCGUUGUAUUCAUACGGGCUCUCGUCGGAGAACUUUGGUGCGGAUGGGAUGAUGGGAAUGGCUUUCAAGUCCAUUUCAGAGUAUGGCGCAGACUCGGUUUUCCAGACGUUGGUUUCACAAGGAGCUGUCCCAGAACCUGUGUUUGCUUUCAAACUUGCAUCCUCUGGUUCUGAGCUUUAUGUCGGUGGCGUGAACUCUGCGCUGUAUCGAGGUCCAUUCACGUAUAUUCCAGUAACCCAACAGGGUUAUUGGCAGGUCACUGGUGAUGCCAUCGGGAUCAACGGAAAAGAUAUCAUCGAUGGAUUCUCCGCCAUUGUUGACACUGGGACCACAUUGAUUUUGGGUGAUACGUCAUACGUCAGUCAGCUCUACGCAGCUAUCAAUGCGACAGAAGUAGGUGGAGGUGUAUACUCGCUACCGUGUGACGCCAUGCCAAAUGUGACCAUCACCCUUGGCGGAAAGUCAUUUGCAAUUUCCACAGAGACCUUCAAUUUUGGCACGUACGGUUCUUCAGGAGAUACCUGUCUUGGUGGUAUAGCAGGCAGUGACAGUCUUGGAGAUGUAUGGGUCCUUGGUGAUGUCUUCCUGAGAAACGUGUACACCGCCUUUGAUGUUGGAAACUCUAGUGUUGGCUUUGCGGACCUUGCAUGAGUUUCGGUAACGUCUUCCUGAUACCACCGAUUGAAACCACACUCGAACAUUGUAGCGUGCUUGGACACUGCUUUGGACUACGAUGUUUCCAAAACUGACACUGUUUACGAUUCGGACUUGACAAGGACUUCUUGGACCGUCGCCACAUUAUUUACGAAACAGUUCUAUUGACGAUAUCAAUAUGUAAUACCUAGUGUCACGAACUCAUAAUUUUCGUCACUUUUUGUUCCA